CUGUGACCAAUCUGACAAUGGAAUUUGGGAACGGUUCGAAAACUUUAGGCUCUCGUCAAUUUAGAACGUCAUCAAAAUUUCGUAAUGAAGUGACCAUUCAACUUUUAGAAACCGAAAUAUUAUGUGUCCGGCAGCAGCCAUGCGACAUCAGCAGUGCCAGUUAUCAAAUUUGUUGACCGUUACUGGCGGAACUGGAGUCAUCAAAGCAGGGUUUGCAGGUGGCCAAAUUCCAAAAUGCAGAUUUCCAAAUUACGUCGGAAGGCCCAAACAUACUCGCGUGAUGGCCGGCGCUCUAGAAGGCGACGUUUUCAUUGGCCCUAAAGCGGAAGAACAUCGCGGCCUGCUCUCUAUCAAGUACCCCAUGGAGCAUGGCAUCGUCACGGACUGGAACGAUAUGGAGAAGAUUUGGAGCUACAUCUACAGCAAAGACCAGCUGUCGACAUUUUCCGAGGAGCACCCCGUGUUGCUGACCGAGGCUCCGUUGAAUCCGCGGCCCAAUAGAGAGAAGGCUGCCGAGAUCAUGUUCGAGACGUUCAACGUGCCUGCGCUGUUCGUUUCUAUCCAGGCUGUGCUCAGUUUAUAUUCGACUGGUCGAACUACUGGAGUAGUGUUGGACUCAGGCGACGGUGUUACUCAUUCAGUGCCUAUUUAUGAAGGAUUCGCUCUACCGCACAGUAUUAUGAGGUCAGAUAUAGCCGGAAGGGACGUCUCAAGAUAUUUGAGGUUGCUUUUGCGGAAAGAGGGCACGAUCUUCCGGACGACCGCCGAAUUCGAAUCGGUGAAGACGAUCAAGGAGAAGGCAUGUUAUCUGUCGAACCACCCGAUGAAGGAGGAAACGGUGGAGUCGGAGCAGGUCAACUACACCUUGCCCGACGGCAGCGUCAUCAAAAUCGGCCCGUCGCGGUUCAGGGCGCCCGAGAUCCUCUUCAAACCGGACAUGGUCGGCGAGGAGUUCGAAGGGCUGCACGAGGUGCUCGUGUUCUCCAUACAAAAGUCGGAUCUGGACCUGAGGAAGGUGUUGUUCAAGAAUAUCGUUCUGUCAGGAGGGUCGACGCUUUUCAAAGGUUUCGGCGACAGGCUGUUGUCCGAGAUCAAGAAGAUUUCUCCCAAGGAGACGCAAAUCAAGAUAUCCGCUCCCCAGGAAAGGUUGUACUCCACCUGGAUAGGGGGCUCGAUUUUAGCGUCGCUAGAUACCUUCAAGAAAAUGUGGGUAUCGAAGAGAGAAUUCGACGAAGAGGGUCAACGAGCUAUACAUAGGAAGACUUUUUAGUUUGUUACAUAAGAGAAAAAUAUUUAUUUCUACUUAUUGAGUUUUGUGAUAUAAGCUUAUAUAUUUUCACACUUUUUUAUAAUUAUUUAUUGUACAGUUAAAGAAUUGAUAACAAACUAAAUAUGGAAGUGCAGAAAAAUAUAGACCUGCUGAGGUAAUGAACCAGGAAAAAAAUAUUUCAUGGGGAUGGUGACCAUUGAAACGAUUCUUUAUAAAAUUCAAAUGACAAUACAUUUUCCUCAAUGGAUUUGUCAGUUGUUUGCUUGAGAAUUUCAAAAAACCUUAUACCUAUCUGGUUUCAUAUAAUUAUGAUAUUGUGAUGGAUGCUUUUUUUUUUCAUUAGUCAAUAUUUUUAAUUGAAUAUUUCAAUUUUUGUGCAGCUGAUGUAAAUAAAUGUCAAAUUGAUUUGUAGAUAUUUUUUUGCAUUACAAAUUAUGAAAUAUG